AUGUCAUCUUCCAAGAUUGAAGUUGUUGAUGGUCCUGAUGAAAAUGGUGAGAUGUUUACCCGUCCUGGUAAGCUGUCUGAUUACUUUCCAAAACCGUACCCCAAUCCUGAGGCAGCACGAGCAGCUAAUAAUGGAGCUUUACCUCCGGAUCUCAGUUACAUUGUUAAUGCCAGGCACGGUGAAGAGGACUACGUAUUCUCUCUCUUAACAGGUUACUGUGAUCCUCCAGCAGGUGUGUCCCUCCGGGAAGGCUUGUACUUCAACCCUUAUUUUCCUGGUCAAGCAAUCGCAAUGGCUCCUCCCAUCUACAAUGAAAUUCUGGAAUUUGAAGAUGGUAAGAGAUGCUUUUUUAUAUUGGGGAUGAGGACAUUUAAGUAA